CAGGAGGUGCAGGACCCCAGUGACGUGCGGAGCGCUCGAGCAGCUGGAUGGGAGGAGGAGGAGGAGGCUUGAGACACGGUGCACGACUUUGCACAGGCUCGCCGAUCUGGAAUUGAGAUUUUUCACAGUUGUUGUCUACAGCGGAUCAGCAAGAAAAAGAGAAAUGUGUCCACAUGAGCCAAAUGAUAACUGCUUCAUCUUAUAGAUAAGAAGAAGUACAGGAUUCAAAAACACUGGAAAGGACCUCUUCGAAAAAUGACGUUUAAACUUGAAUACAGUUUUAAAACAUGGGAAUUUUAAAUCCAAGUUGCAUUACACUGCAGUUUUGUGAUUCUAAACUGUGGCUCUUCAAAUUGCAAUAUGUUUGCACAGAAGAUGCUGGUACUCGCAAGCCGACGGGCGCCGUAAAAGACGUGCAUCAACCCCGACAACCGAGCAUCAUUUUCAAAGAUGAAUUCCUCUUUUUCCAAAAAGUGAGUGAAUGCUGUUUGCGCGUUUGAACUAACGAGUGAUUUUCGUUUCCCUUCUCGUGUAUGGAUUUUCAAAGAUGACUUUUUCUGAUUUGAUUAACAAGAGCUUCAAUGGAAACUUUUCACGAGUCACGGCUACUCAGCUCCCUUUCGAUCAGCCUUUGGCAAACUGCAGUAGCAACAAUUCUACGAAGCUCAUCCUGAACUCUCAGGCGAUUGGCGUGGGAAUUUUCCUAGCAGUCUUCAUUUUGUUCGCGAUAGUCGGGAACAUUUUGGUGAUACUGUCAGUGGUCUGCAACAGACAUUUACAGACUGUGACAAACUACUUCAUCAUAAACCUCGCGAUUGCAGACUUGCUCCUAAGCACUAUAGUCCUUCCCUUUUCUGCCUCUUUAGAGGUUUUGGGAUUUUGGGUCUUUGGAAGGAUAUUUUGCAACAUCUGGGCUGCUGUUGAUGUUCUUUGCUGCACUGCAUCUAUUAUGAGUUUGUGCGUAAUAUCAAUUGACAGGUACAUUGGAGUAAAAUAUUCCCUGAAAUAUCCAACUAUUAUGACCGAGAGGAAAGCCGUCGUGAUUCUUAUUGUUGUGUGGGUGUCCUCCAUGGUAAUCUCAAUCGGUCCUCUUUUAGGAUGGAAGGAACCCCCGCCCCUGGACGAAAGCAUAUGCAGAAUUACUGAAGAACCUGGCUAUGCGCUCUUUUCAUCUUUAUUCUCUUUCUAUCUCCCUUUAAUGGUGAUCCUAGCCAUGUAUUUCAGAAUUUACAUUGUAGCCAGGAGGACUACUAAAAGUCUGGAAGCAGGGGUGAAAAAAGAGCGCAACAAGUCAAUAGAAGUGGUCCUUCGAAUCCACUGUAGGAGCGUACUGGAAGAGGCGGCGGCGAACAGCUCCAAAAGCAAGUGCCACCCUUUCCGUAGCUCACUGUCUGUGCGUCUUCUCAAAUUUUCAAGGGAAAAGAAAGCUGCUAAGACCCUGGCCAUUGUGGUCGGAGUGUUCAUUCUGUGCUGGUUGCCCUUCUUCUUUGUGUUGCCACUGGGUUCUUUCUUUCCUGCUUUGAAGCCAUCUGAAACAGUUUUCAAGGUGAUCUUCUGGCUGGGAUAUUUCAACAGUUGCAUCAAUCCUAUUAUUUACCCCUGCUCCAGCAAAGAGUUCAAAAGAGCUUUUAUAAGAUUGCUGAAAUGCCAGUGUCAGAGAAGAAGACGUCCACUCUGGAGAUUCUACGAACAAAAGUGGAGAACAUCUACCAAUAGCUCAGGCCGGGGAUCAUACGUUGACACAAAGCCUAGAUUUCAUCAUAGAGAGUAUUUCUCACCUAAUAAUUCCUUAGUGUACAGCUCUAACAAAGAACAGACUCUUAGUUUUCAUGGUUGGAAGCUUUUUCCACCCUUUCAAAAGUCUUCUUUUCAGCUGAAGGAAAAAAUGAACAACCUCUCAAAGAAGAUAAAGAAUGGCCCUGCUAAAAGUAGAGUGCCCACAAUCAGCAAAGUGGAGAUAGAGUCAGUUUCAAUGGGAAUUUACACUGAUUUUAAUGACCAGCAAGACUAUCAGAUCUAUGAUAUAGCAGACUGCUAUGGACUGAAAGAAACUGACAUUUAGCAUUGGAAACACAACAAUAAAUUGCAUGAUUAGCAUUUUACAUGCAUUUAAUCUAAACAGAAAAAAAUCAAAUUGCUUUUCGGCACAACUUGCAAUUACUGUGGCCUUCCUUAAUGUAAUCUCCAGUAAGGAAUUCGGGCAUUUACUUUGACAAGUUUACUUAAGCACAAAGAAUUCCUAAAAUCAGAAAUUUAAAUUUGGGGAACAAAUAUAGUGUUUUAUGAGGGUGGAAUUCUAAAAGUAUUCAAGCUGAAUUCUGUGUUGAAAAAUGGUUCAAGUGAAUUCCA